AUGUUCUUGUCAUCUGUAUUUACUUUUUUAUCAAUCGGACUCAUUUUAGUUCUUCUAUACGACUAUUGCAAUCGAACUUGUAGACUUAUACGCAAAAUACCAGGUGCAAGGAGUUGGCCUAUUAUCGGAAAUUCCUUAAACCUUCUUGUACCUCUUGAGGGUUUGAAGCAUAAAUUGCCGAAACUUAAGUGUAGGGAUAAAUUAUUUUUGUAUUUGCAUUCACUGCACAAGAAUUAUGGAGAUACAAAUCAGAUCCACGCCAUUAAUAGCCGAACUGUUGGUUUCCUUGAUCCUGAUAACAUUGAGACAAUUUUAUCGUCAGUCAAAUUUGCCGACAAAGAUGUUCCAUAUAAUUUCUUGAAACCAUGGCUCGGAGAAGGUCUUCUUACUAGCCGAGGUCAAAAAUGGCAACAGCGGCGGAAACUAUUAACUCCAGCAUUUCAUUUUAAUAUAUUAAAACGAUAUUCAGUUACGUUUAUUGAACAGACAGAUAAGUUUUUGAAUGAAGUCCAAGAAAGAGUUGGUGAAGAACAAACGGACAUAGUGCCCUUGAUAAAUUCAACGACUCUUCGCAUUAUGUGUGAAACCGCAAUGGGUACAUCGAUGCAUAACAGUAUCGAAUCAGUAGCUAGUAUAUAUUCAAAAAAAAUAGAAGUUUUCGGAAAUACAGUUGUCGCAAGAAUUUGCAGAGCUUGGCUACAUUUUGAGUGCUUUUUCAAGUUAUCAAAUGUUGCGAAAAUCCAAAAUGAAGCAGUCAAAGAUUUGCAUAUAUUUACAAAUAAAAUAAUUGAAGAAAAAAGAUCAAUUUUAAGGCAACAAAAUAUUGAAACAUUUGGCAAUGGUGAAAAUUUUAUUUAUAAAGGAAAAUUGGCAAUGUUAGAUUUGCUUCUACAAAAUGAAAAACUUGGUAACAUAGAUAAUAAUGGUAUCAGAGAGGAAGUCGAUACAUUUAUGUUUGAGGGACAUGAUACAACGGCACAAGCAUUAAUUUUCUUAAUAAUGACGCUCGCUAAUGAAACUAAAAUUCAAGAAAAAAUAUAUGAUGAAAUACGACUUAUAUUUGGGGACUCCCAACACCCACCAACGGCAGAAGAAUUAAAGAAGAUGAAAUACUUAGAAUGUUGUAUUAAGGAAUCCUUGAGACUUUAUCCCAGCGUGCCAAUGAUAGUAAGAAAAAUAUCCGAAGAAACGACCAUAGGUGAUUAUACGAUACCUAAAAAUAGCCACAUUCAUAUACUUAUAUACGAUCUGCAUCGUCGUGAGGAUAUCUACCCAGAGCCAGAGCGCUUCAUCCCUGAGAGAUUCCUGCCUGAAGCCUGUUCCAAGCGACAUGCGUACGCCUAUAUACCGUUCAGCGCUGGACCCAGGAAUUGUAUUGGGCAAAAAUUCGCUAUGUUGGAGAUGAUGACGUUGGUAUCAUCCUUGUUGAGGCGAUUUCGUCUUGAGGCUGUGACUAAGCCCAGCGAUCUAAAAUUCAAAGCUGAUAUUUUACUACGCACCAUUAAUCAAUCGAUUUACGUUCGAUUUCACAAUCGAUAUUAA